AUGGCUUACAGAGGCAUUCUCAUCUCAGACAUGGCAUCCGACUACAGUAGCUUCAUUCUUGACCAGGCUUCCCAGAACACUGAGAAUCAGAAAACUCACCAGAGAAAAUUACAAAAUCAUAUAGGAGAGGUGCACGCACAGCACAAGAAGAAAACAGAGAUGCAAUGA